AUGGCGGCCGUGAGGCAGGCGGGCGGCGCUGCCUCCGAGGAGGAGGAGAAGCACCUUAACGGCGAGCUGCCGCCGGAGCCUGAAGACAAGGACGGCGCGGAGGGCGGCGCGGCGGGGCUUGGCGGGGAGGAUGGCGCUAAGAAGAAGCGCAAGAAGAAGAAGAAGGGCAAAGCGGGGCCCGCGGGACAAGAAACAGAGAAAGAAAUAGAAGGUGCUCUUGAUGAUGUAGCAAAACAAUUGGAUAAGCAAUCACUGGAGGAGAAAGAAAAAGAUGAUGAUGAUGAAGAUGGAGAGGGUGAAGGAGAUGGAGCAACAGGGAAAAAGAAGAAGAAGAAGAAAAAGAAGAAAGGACCUAAAGUCCAGACAGAUCCACCUUCUAUUCCAAUAUGUGAUCUAUUUCCUAGCUACGUAUUCCCAAAGGGAGAAGAAUGUGAAUAUCCACCAACACAAGAUGGGAGAUCUGCUGCCUGGAGAACAACUCAUGAAGAAAAGAAAGCACUAGACCAAGCCAGUGAGGAAAUCUGGAAUGCUUUUCGGGAGGCUGCAGAAGCACACAGACAAGUGAGGAAAUAUGUUAUGAGCUGGAUAAAACCUGGAAUGACAAUGAUAGAAAUCUGUGAAAAACUAGAAGACUGCUCCCGGAAGCUGAUCAAGGAAAAUGGUUUAAAUGCAGGCCUUGCAUUUCCUACUGGGUGCUCCCUGAACAAUUGUGCUGCCCACUACACUCCCAACGCUGGAGACCCAACGGUCCUGCAGUACAACGAUGUUUGCAAAAUAGACUUUGGGACCCACGUUAGUGGUCAUAUUAUUGACUGUGCUUUUACAGUCACAUUCAAUCCCAAAUACGACAGACUAUUACAAGCUGUAAAGGAUGCCACAAAUACUGGAAUAAAGUGUGCUGGAAUAGAUGUACGCCUCUGUGAUGUGGGGGAGGCCAUACAAGAAGUUAUGGAGUCCUAUGAGGUUGAAAUUGAUGGCAAAACGUACCAAGUGAAACCCAUCCGCAAUUUGAACGGACACUCGAUCGGGCCCUACAGGAUACACGCUGGGAAAACAGUGCCCAUUGUGAAAGGAGGAGAUGCCACAAGAAUGGAGGAAGGUGAAGUGUAUGCCAUAGAAACCUUUGGUAGCACAGGAAAAGGUGUUGUCCACGAUGAUAUGGAGUGUUCUCAUUAUAUGAAGAACUUUGAUGUUGGGCACGUGCCAAUAAGGCUUCCAAGAGCAAAGCACCUGCUGAAUGUCAUCAACGAAAACUUUGGUACUCUUGCCUUCUGCCGCCGCUGGCUGGAUCGCCUGGGGGAGAGCAAAUACCUGAUGGCACUGAAGAACCUCUGUGACCUGGGUAUAGUGGAUCCAUACCCUCCCUUGUGUGACAUCAAAGGCUCCUACACAGCACAGUUUGAGCACACUAUACUCUUACGCCCGACCUGCAAGGAGGUGGUCAGCAGAGGAGACGACUACUAAACUCAAAGCCACACCUCAGCACCUUGCAUCCUCUCUAGGCUUGGUUGGAACAUACUCUACCAGAAUUAAUUUACAACCUCUUUGUCUGUUUUAACAGUGGACUGCUGGCAGAACUUUCCAUGUUUGGAAAGGAAGGGAUUUCAUCCAAGGCAAGUCUUCUAAUGUAACUAACCACCACCAACAAAAAAAGCUUUCAGGCCUUUAGAAAUACUUCAGAAGUUACCUUUUUGUUGGUUGGGGUUUUUUUUUCUGUUCAGGGAAAUACAUGCUAAAAAAAAAAACAAACAGCAGCUCAGUUUUUAGUUUGGAAUGAGUUAUCCAUGUGGGGUUGAACAUUUAUGAGGAAAAGAUGCUUUUCCAAUAUUUAUAUUUCCCAUAUUCCUCCUGGAAUUGCUUUGAAUGACUUGCACCUGAGCUCUGCACCCAAGCCCUCUAUGAUAAUUGCCUUUUAAACUUCCUGGAAAUCCAUUUUGUAAAGAAUAAAGAGAAAUUUUCAGAUCUAAACACAUUAAAAAAAUACUUUUUAGAAGCCUGGUUAUGAUUCUGGUCAGGACUCUGC